CAGCCCGAGACCGACGUUGAAAUUCAGUGUAAAAAUAAUUAGCCCAACACCGCCAACAUGCGACUUGCUAGAAUCAGAAGAUAUCUUCCACCACCAUCUCAGACAUUGUUAACAUGCCUUUUUGCAUUCAUCAUUUACACGCCAGUUCUGGUUUGGCUCGGAUAUUACCUAAACAUCACCAGCUACUUCCAAUUUCACAGGAUACUUCCUAAGAAAGGCGAAACCCGACCCCCGCCGCCACCCGUGGCUUGUCUUUCUCGUGUACAUAUAUCAAAAGCCAACGACACUUGCGACUCAUUAGCUCUCAAGUACAGCGUCCCUUCUGCAGAAAUCUUUAUCAACAACCCCGACAUCCUCGACUGCGACGAUAUGGUUGAGGACGUGGCAAUUUGUCUACCAUUUAAGUGCAAUACUUAUCAAGUUAAAGAGAACGACACCUGUACCUCUGUGUCUAAAACCUUAGGUAUUACCAGAAAGGACUUCAUUUCCCUCAAUCCCUGGAGUGAUGGUGGCGCUUACAGCGAUUUCCCGUUGGGUAACAUCGUUUGCACUACGCCAUCUGACGGCCAUUACAACCGAACCAUCAACAGGUCUGACCCGGCAGACUCCAAUUACGCUGAUGAGGUUGUUCCGCAACCCGAGAACGCCGAUCCGGCUGCGAAUCCACAAUGCGGGCGUUGGUAUACAGUUGAGGAAGGAGAUAACUGUCUCUCAGUCCUUGACCAGCACGACAUGAGUCUAUCUCUAUUUACAGCUGCCAACCCCUCGAUAUCGCCAAUUAACUGUACUACGAGUCUCAUCCCAGGGAAAGCCUACUGUGUCAGCCCAACCAAAACCGCUCUACCAGAAUCAUAUGCCCCUCCUACAUAUUCGCGCCAAGGAUGUUAUUUCAGUGGCGACGAAGAUUUUUAUCGUCCCACCCUUGCUUUGGCAGGUCCUAGGUUGAGCCAUAUCAAGCCCCUAUCUAUUUCCUCUUGUCAAGCCUACUGUCUCUCACUCUCCUUGCCUGUUUUUGGUCUACAGAAUCGCGAUACCUGUAUAUGCGACGAUCGCCUGCGUAUGGAUAGCAGGCCUGACGAGAUUUGGGGCUGCAGUUCUCGCUGUGGCUUAGGAAGAGGAGACUCUUCUUGUGGUCCGGAACAACACCCUAUUGAAGUCUUUAGUUCUCAAGAGCCUCUGGCUGUUGAGUACGUCAAUAUCGGAUGUUUUGAGAGUAAGAAGGAAUACGUAAUACUGGGAAAGAACUAUAUCGAAUGGAGAUACGGCACUCUCGAAGAGUGCGCAUCCUUCUGUCGUGAAGCUGACUACUUUGCUCUCCAGACUAAGCAUUAUAGUCCAGUAGAACAAGACAGCUUCUGCAUUUGUGGCAAUCAAUUGAACCCAAGCAUUAAGAAGCUCAAGGGAGAGAAGGAAUCUGCCGAUGAGAAGGGGGAUAUCUGCAGGGGAAAAGGCGGGACAAAUAUCUAUACUACAAACUCUAAGUAUAUAGAAUCUCCAUAAGUAUGGCUCCUUUGGAAGGAUAGGCUAUGCUCGGACGGCGCGACAUACCCGUCAGGUAGCACAGCAAUGAUUAUAUUACUGAUAAAUACAACGCAUACAAAUUUGGCUAACCGCGGAGGGUUUAUGUUCCAUCAUCCCUCAAAUAUUAUUGAGGCCUCCCAUUAAACUCUAUUUCAGCGGCUAGCUGCACGGAACAGAGUACAAAUGUCAAAGCAAACAGAAUCGUGGUUCUUUUCUAC